AUGAGUGGAUAUAGUAGGAUUAUUGUUUUUAUUAAAAUUGUUAUUUUACGAAGAUUUUGUAAAUAUUUGGACAACGGAUUAACUAUAGACAAAUCAACCAUUACAAGAACUGAACGCUUAUUGACAGAACAAAAAUCAGUCACAGAAUUUGAAAAAAUUGAAUUAAAAAACAAAUUUUCUUCUAAUGAGGAUGAUAGCAAAUUAAAAAAUAGUGAAAAAAAACUUUCUUUAAAUGAAGACUUAAAAAAUGCAUCGAAACAGAGAUAUAAAAGACAUAAAAAACUUUUAAAUACAAGGCAUGUUAUAAAUAAAGAUUCAGAACAAAUAUCUUAUAUAUAUAAUUACAUCAGAUCAAUUGAUUAUUCUAUUAAGGAUACAAUACAGCAUCAUUCCGAAAAAUUAGUUAAAUAUAAUUUAAAUGAUAUUGUUAGAAAUGAAAUUAUAGAAGAAAUCUUAUGUAAAGAUAAUAUAUUAAUUCAUUCGAUUCCAUUAUAUGGAAAAAUCAGUACAAUAUUAUAUUCUAUUUUUGAAGAUAUUAAUUAUGAUAUUGCUAUAAAAUCAAUAAAUAUUUCCCUAGUUUCUAUUUUUACAUAUAAAUACAGUGCAUAUAUGAAUAACAUAUAUAGCUCAUUAUAUAUUUUGCCAUUUCUCACAAUAAUGAUUAUAUGUUUAUCACAGCUUUUUUAUAUUAUGGGAGAAUAUGAAAUUCAGAAAGAAUUAGAACAUAUAAUAGUAAGGAAAAAGGAAGCAAUAAAAGAGAGAAAAGAGAAAUUAAAAGAUUUAGACAAUUAUAAGAAAUUUUAUAAGUAUAGAUACGAUAAAAGAAUUGGAUUAGGAAAGUUGGACUGCUAUUGUGAAAAAAAAAUAUUUAGUCAAAUUGACAAAGUGUAUAUGCUUGCAGAUACUACAGGGGUAAAUAAAAACUCUUUUAAAAAGGAAAUACUUAGAAAGUAUGGAUUACAUGUUACAGUGCCUAAUUUUUUUUUUCUUAUUUCCUUAGUAAUAUAUGUUUUAGAAUGUAUAAAUUAUCAUAUAGAAUUUUUUAAGGAUGGACUAUUUAAGGCAAAUAAAGAUAUUAUUAAUAACAUAAUAAUAACACUAGGUGACAUACUGGUAUAUGUAAUACCAAUUAUAUUUGUAUUUGUUAUUAUUUAUGUAUUAAUAAAAAUUGAAAAGUAUGAAAGAUUAAGAGCAAGGAAAGGUAAAAUGAACGCAAAAGAAUAUUUCAUCUUUUGUAAGGAAAUAUUUAAAUAA